AAGAAUCCACGCCUUCCAAAAAGGCAUUAAAAAAGUUAGAAAAAGAGAAGGAAAAAGAAAGAAGGAAAAAGGAACGCGAGCAAAAAGAGGCUGAAGAAAGAAGUCGUCGAGAGGCUGCAGAAUUGUAUUACAUUAAUGGUAACCAUACGGCAUUGAUUAGUGUUCCGGUUGAAUCGAUUGUCAUCGUUGAAGGCGUUAUAAGCAAACCAAGUGAAGAAAUUAAAAGCACAACAGUGUCUGAUGCGGAAUUACAUAUAAAGAAGUUUUACGUGGUUCACGAAACUGUUGGCCGUCUUCCGUUUUCUUUAGAAGACGCAUCACGAUGCGAAGAGGAAAUAAACAAAAUGGCCUUUGAGGAGCAUUAUCAUGAAGUACUUGAUAUCCUCGAUGAACUAUUUGUUUUCAUUUUUGAUGGUUUAAAGACUAGGUUUUCUUCUGAAAUUGAGACGGUAAAACGACAAUAUCCAGCAGCGAACUUUGAAUACCUUCCAAAAACAUUAAGAUUGGAUUUUAAAGAAGCCGUUCAAUUAUUAAGAGAUCAUG